AUGGCCGCAAAAUCCAAGAACGAAGAAGAAGUUCUGGACGUUGUAGAUUGGCGUUGCAGAAAAGCCCACUGUGAAGCAACAACAGACGAAAAAUUCGGCGGAGAACGAGAUCGCCAUUGGCUGAGGCUGGUUGUGGACCUCGUCAUAUGCGACAAAGCCAUAUUUGUUUGUACCGUGGUAGGGGGACAAAUGUUUCGAGUUGGAGGUACCCCUAGCAGUGGACUUGUUUGUGACAAAGACAGCGAGAUUGCUGUCACAGAAAUACAUGUAUUCUUGUGGGAUCACCUUCUGCUUUGCCUCGCUUGCGACGUGGGGACGAUCAUGUCGGACUCGAGCUCAUCAUCGUCAUGGCUCUCGACGCUGUCCAGCUCCAAUGGCAGGAACGCGUUGCUGCUCGGCUCGAUCGCUGUCGGCUCGUCGAUUGCAACGGCUGCGGCCAUCUUUGGAACGCAGCGAAUCACACGACGCAAGAAGCGACAGGACCUGUCGGAUACCGUCACCAAGUCGGCCAAUGCUCAGGGAUCGGAUCGACUGCAGCGCUUCGACCUGCAUCGCGAUGAGGCGUCGUCCUCCACCGACGGAGGCACGCCGCGCUACCUCUCAGGUCUUCAGAGCAACUCGCUGCGGCCUGCCUCGCAUCUGCGCAACUCAACCAGCUUCUACUCUUCCAACAACAUGCCGCAGUCGCCUGCCGGCCCAUCGCGUGCGGAUACGCUGGGACCGCACGACACCUUCUCACGCAAACGCCAACCGUCGGUCGAGCAGUGGGACGAGAGUUUGAUCCGCGAGCAGCUGUCGCGCAAUUACAGCUUCCUCGGCGAAGAAGGCAUGACGGCCAUCCGCAACUCGUUUGUCAUCGUCGUGGGUGCUGGAGGUGUCGGAUCAUGGGCGGCGCUCAUGCUGCUGCGCUCUGGUGUGUCCAAGCUUCGACUCAUCGACUUUGACCAGGUCUCGCUCUCUUCGCUCAACCGUCAUGCGUGCGCUACGCUCGAGGAUGUCGGUCGUCCCAAGGUAGUGUGCUGCGCCGAAAAGUUUGCACAGAUCGCUCCCUGGGCCAAGCUCGAGGCCUGGGUGGAGCUGUUCCGUGGCGACGAGGCGGAGCGUCUGCUGGGAGGCAAUCCGACGUACGUGGUGGAUGCGAUCGACAACAUCGAUACCAAGGUGGAUCUGCUGCGGUUUUGUGCGGAACGCAAGAUCAAGGUCAUCAGCUCCAUGGGAGCCGGGGCAAAGAGCGACCCUAGCCGCAUUCAGAUUUCGGACAUUAGCGUCACUUCCGAGGAUCCGUUGGCGCGCAGCGUGCGUCGUCGAUUGAGGGCGCUUGGAUUGCCGCCCAUUCCGCCCAAGGAGGUCGAGGACCGUGCGAAGCGCGAAGCCGAACAGCUCGAAAAGGCGCAGACCAAGAGCGCCGGUCGGCCGAGCAAUCUGGCAAAAGGCAAAAAGGGAGGCAAGCAGUCCAAGCUCGACGCGCCGAGCAACGUCGACCUCGACCGAACACCCAUGAAGGCCAGCCCCAGCGACGGGGUGAGUCGCAGCGCAGCCACCACCAACAGCAACACCAGCAGCGGCGCUUCGUCGCCGACACUCGCGUCCAACGCCAACGACCGAUUCACCGGUUCGUUGCAGCCUCGACACGCACGCAAGAUGGCUUCUUCGCCCUCGCCGCUCGCAUCUCGAAGCGGCAGCUCAACCGAUCUCACCGCUCUGAACGCGUCCAACGAUAGCAGCCUAGCCGGGUCUGCUAGCGUGUCGAGCUCGCGGGCGGUCUCUGCAGCCAUGCCUCAAGCACCUCGACACAGUCGACGAGCGAGCAGCGUUUCGUCGUUCGGAUCGGGCGCGUACGCGACGCCCAUGACGACGCCUUCGGAUGAGAUGGCUGCGCUGCUGCCGGAUGAGGGCGAUCAGGAUACGAGCCUUCGACCGCUCGACGAGGGGCAGGAUGGUGUUGACGGGAUCGAGGCGGAGAGCGAGGGAGGACCGUUGGCGUCGACGCAGAUACUGUUGGAUCGACGCGAGUCUCAGAGCAGCGCCGCAGCGUCCGAUGCAACGGCGGUCGACCUGGCAGCGCACUCCGCACCGCGCACCAAGAAGGCUGAUCCGCUCCGCAGACGAGUGUCAGAAGUAGAAGAACUCUCGCCCUCGCCAUCCGGCUCUUCCCCCGCCCUCUCCCGCUCAACGUCCUUCAAACCGACGCUCCCACCCACGCCUUCCGCCUCGACCGAGUUCACCGAACCGUCGUUCUUCAUCCCGUGCGUCUACUCCACCGAAAAGUCCGACACCCGUCUCCUCCCACUCGACGACGACGAAUUCCUCAAGGGCAACGUGGACGAGCUAGCGGCGCUCGAAGACUUCCGCGUCCGCAUCCUCCCCGUCCUCGGUCCCCUUCCCGCCAUGUUCGGUCUCGCGGUAGCCACGUUCAUCAUCUGCGAGAUCUCCGGACAAAAGAUGGAACCGCUCGCCUUCAAAGGUCGACGAAAACUGUACGAGAAACUCUUCCACGAUCUCAGCGUUUCCGAAUCCCGCCAUCCACUCCCCGGAACCGCACCUUCGCUGGACACGUCCAACACAGGUCCUCGACAUCACCUCCCUUUCAGCAUCAACGACAUCGCCUAUCUGUUUGAAGAAGUUUUCAGGGGAAGAAGCAUCGUCCCUCCAUUCGAAAGUCUUUCAGGAGCUCAGUUGCAGAGGUGGGACUCGACGCUACCACUGAGCUUUCAGAAUGUAGCGCUGUUCUCGAGGAGUCAGGCGAAAGUGCAUGAGACGGAGGUGUUGAAGAAGGGAAGAAGUCCCGUAGAGGUGUGGGGUGGAGAUGCGGCGAAUAUGGUCAGAAGGAGGAUGGCGAGCGAGAGGAGGAGCGGGUUCUUUCGCUUCUAG